CGCCCUCAUGGACAGAAGCGGUCUGACUACAGACAAAAGGAUAACUAUACAGCAGUCACACCAUUCGAGUCUGCUCGGUAUGUCCAUGCGUUAACAGUCUGCAAACUCGAGGGUGUUCCCUGCGCGCUCCAGGUUGCCGACGACACGUGCAACCAAGGUUCACUAUCCGUUUCACUAUCCUUGCCCAUGAGCAACGGUCUAGCCAAGACAAGACGCGGGACAUGCGCUUGCCCGCGGAAGGGUCCUUAUCACGCAUGAGAAUCGUGUCCAAGGUAACCGGAGGAUCCAACGAUGGGCGCUUCAGGUAAUCACAGUGUGGCGACCAACAGCAGCGGGGACCCGUUCGGCCGAAACGAAGAGGUGGCGAAGCUCGAGAUCAUAGUGCUGAGCGUAACGUUUCUCGUAGCGGUGGUGGGCAACCUCAGCGUGCUGAUGGCCAUGUACAACACCAAGAAGAGCUCACGCAUGAACCUGUUCAUCAAGCACCUGAGUCUCGCGGACCUCGUAGUUGCGUUCUUCCAGGUGCUGCCGCAGCUUUGCUGGGAGAUCACCUUCCGAUUUUACGGGCCAGAUUUUCUCUGCCGGGUCAUUAAGCACUUGCAAGUUCUUGGCAUGUUCGCCUCCACUUACAUGACGGUGAUGAUGACUGUGGACCGCUACAUCGCCAUAUGUCACCCGCUCAAGACCCUACAGCAGCCGACGGAGCGCGCCUACAUUAUGAUCGUGUCCACUUGGCUGUGCAGCGUGUUGCUCAGCACGCCACAGUAUUUCAUCUUCUCUCUCAGCGAGAUCCAGAACGGCUCAAACGUGUACGACUGCUGGGGGCACUUCAUCGAGCCGUGGGGCGUGCGCACGUACAUCACCUGGAUAACGGUUGGCAUCUUCUUGAUCCCGGUCGUUGUUCUCAUGGUAUGUUAUGGAUUCAUCUGUCGCAGCAUCUGGAAGAAUAUCAAGUACAAGACCAAGAAAGGCACGCCGCACAACACCGCCGGCAAAAAUGAUCUGAUAGGGAAGGCGUCGGUCAGUAGCGUUACCACCAUUUCCCGGGCAAAGCUUCGAACUGUCAAAAUGACCUUCGUUAUCGUGCUGGCGUACAUCGUAUGUUGGGCUCCGUUCUUCAUCGUGCAAAUGUGGUCUGUAUGGGACAAGAACUUCUCUUGGGAUGAUUCCGAGAACACAGCAGUGACGCUGUCCGCGUUGCUUGCGAGCCUGAACAGCUGCUGCAACCCUUGGAUCUACAUGCUGUUUAGCGGUCACCUGCUCCACGACUUCUUACACUGCUUGCUGUGUUGCCACAGGCUUCGCGACACCAUCCGAAAGGACUCGGACAGUAGCAUCAGGAGGCCCACCUUACUGACCAAGCUGCCCACCACCCGGACGCCCGCUAACGACUCCUGGAAGGACCCGUGCAACUCCCGCAAGUCUAGUCAGUCUGUAGUGAGGGACUGUUCCAAAAGAUCCAGCAAGUCUAGCCAACUCACGCCGCUCAACUGUCCGACCAGAUGGAGUCAUCCUACCUAGCUAGAGUCCUAGGUGCAUCUAAUUAAACACUCAACUGUUUACAGACUUGAAGCCAUUUUCACACAGGUGUCAAUUGUCACUUGCAAUUCCAAAUAUGGUGUAAUUUUGUUGCCUUAAAUAAAAUUUUGAACAUUU